UUUGGUGAAGAUUUUUCCGUUUCCUUUUGCAACUUCGUUUACCAUCAUCUCUUGCGCAGUCUUGCUCUCAUUUUCUCUUCUGUUUUUUAUCCAAUUUAAAAGCGCUUUUUUUCAAACGCACGGUGCCGUUUUUAAAUGGACUUUUCCGCUACGAAUGAAUCACUUAUCUCGAAUUUUCGCUUAUAGAAAGCAACCAACGGAUAUGAACUCGAAGAAGAAGACUCCAAGGAAACAACAACCUAAAUUAGAACGGCGUAAUGCGGCGAAGAACUUCAGCUACGACGCUCAACCGACGUCGCCGGAAUCCUCUCCGUCGUCGUCGAUUCUCUACACUCGAUCCAUGGAUUUCUACGAUCGAACUAGCUUUCGAGUUGAAGGAGUUGAUGGUGAGUUCGAUAUUAUUUGUCGGAGCCUCGGGCUUAACGGACCGGAGGAUUUCUCGAUUCCGGCGGCGGCUUGGGAGGCGAUGAAGGUUCGAUCGGCGUCUGAUGUUUUACCGAGGUUGAAUAUUUCGGAAUUCGAUGAAGCCAAGGUGGAGGAUGAAAUUGUAGUAGCAGAGAUUGAUGAUAGGGUUCCGGUUUCAGUUAGAGAUUCUCCUGCUGAGACUAGCGGUUGUUGUAACAUAGGUGAUGGUGGUGGAAAAGAUAGGGUUCCGAUUAGGGGUUUUGAUGAGGUUAGCACCGGUUGUUAUACCGGCGGUGAAAAUAGGGUUCCGAUUAGGGAUGUUGAUGAGACGAGCGGUUGUUUGAAUACUGGCGGUGGAGGUAUUAAAGGAUGUAGACCUCCGAUGCUUAAGCCGCCACCAGGAGUUAGGGUUUCUAUUUUGGAUAACACGUGUUCCACGUGGGAUCUUCUGAGGGAAUUUGCUCCUGAAGGGGAAGGAAAAGGAAAAGAGAGAGAAGAGGAAGAGAAGAAAGAUGUAGAAGAAGAAGAAGAAGGGGAAGUGGGUGGUGGAAUAUUGAAGACAGAUGAGGAGGAAAGUGCUGAGAUUAUUGGUGAGUUUUCGAGGUCGUGUUCCUUCACUACCUUCACUACUUCACAAGAAGAUGAUUCAUCUAGCACUACAACAGAGCCCAGGUCCAAUAGUAUUUCUCCUAAUGUGAGAUUGAAACCUGUUAUCACUCCUGGUAGCUGGCAAAAGGGUGAGCUUUUGGGACGUGGUUCAUUUGGAUCUGUAUAUGAAGGAAUUUCUGAAGAUGGAUUCUUUUUUGCUGUCAAACAAGUUUCACUGCUUGAUCAAGGGAGUCAUGGAAAGCAAAGUGUCAUUCAACUGGAGCGCGAAAUUGCACUUUUGAGUCAGUUUGAACAUGAGAAUAUAGUUCGAUACAUUGGCACUGAAACGGAUGAAUCAAAUCUAUAUAUCUUUAUCGAGUUUGUAACCAAAGGUUCCCUUUUAAGCCUCUACCGGAGGUAUAAACUUCGAGAUUCCCAAGUAUCUGCUUAUACGAGACAAAUUCUGAGCGGUUUAAAGUAUCUUCAUGAUCGCAAUAUUGUUCACAGGGAUAUUAAAUGUGCAAAUAUAUUGGUUGAUGCAAAUGGAUCUGUCAAGGUUGCGGAUUUUGGAUUGGCAAAGGCAAUUAAAUCGAAUGAUGCUAAAUCAUGCCAGGGAACAGCAUUCUGGAUGGCACCAGAGGUUAUAAAAGGAAAAGUGAAAGGUUAUGGACUUCCAGCUGAUGUAUGGAGUCUAGGAUGCACUGUGUUGGAGAUGUUAACUGGGCAUAUUCCCUACCAUCCUAUGGAAUUUAUCCCUGCAAUGUAUAGAAUUGGAAAAGGUGAACUACCUCCAGUGCCUGAUUCUCUUUCAAGAGAUGCACGUGAUUUCAUCCUGCAGUGUCUUAAAGUUAAUCCAGAUGACCGUCCCACUGCAGCACAACUCUUAGAUCACAAAUUUGUCCAGAGGUCGUUCUCCCAGUCCUCUGGCUCUGCAUCUCCAUAUACUACGAGAAGAGGUUGAACUUGUCAUCUCCAUCAUUUUAACAUAGUUAAGGAAGAGGAUAAAGAGAACAAAAGACUUCCUAACUGGUUUCCGGUGGAAAUCUCCGAUGGCAAAGUACACCUAUGCAAACCAUUGCAGCAUGGGUUUUAUCUUCUUCAGUGGCUUAUUUGAUUAUUUAACUCUUGAUAACAAAUCUGUCAUUCAUUGGGUUUAAAAUGCCUCCAAUGUCCGGUCUUCAAGUUGUUAGAGUUGGACUAAAGGUUCAUUGUUGUAGCAAUUGUUGGUCGUGUUGUGCCUUUAGGUUUCAGAGUUUUGUUGGUUGUGUUGUAGCAUAUAUUUUAGGCAUUGUUUUGGCUCUAGGACUCCAGAGACCUGGCUUACCGGUUGGUGCAUGAAUAUCAUAUUUGAUAACUACGUUCAAUGUGUAUUAUGUAAUUAUUACUCAACCGUACUGUGUCUGUCAUAGCACAACAAAUUCUAUCAUCAACUAAAUGUAUAAGGUUGCCAGGGUCUUCUACCAAUUUGUAGGCUAAACUUCUGGGAGCGAUAGGAGCAAGAGUUGGUUGCUAGUUUUGUACAUGUUACUUCUGUAAGUAGGAAAUUAUCAGUGUGCAUUUUUAAUUCAUUAUUCCCGAACUUGUUUGUUCUUAUUGUCAACUUGGUUUCUUUUUGUUCAUUUUUAUGUUUUAAUCA